AUGAUUGAUCAUCAGGUAACACUCCUUCUUAUCGUGGCUGUGAGCCAUGCAAGCAAUACUGGCACAUCUAAAGCAAAACAGAAGAUUCAAGAUAUCUCAAGAGGAGACAAGACAGAGAAGAGAGAGCUGGAGGAAGGGAACAGUGGUAUAGAGAAAAGAGCGCCUCUGUUACCAUCAGUUCCAUCUUCAGUCGCGACAGGCAGCGUGGAGUACGCAGACACUAAGGAGAGUCUACAGGAUAAAUCUCCAACACAGCAAGUUUACGCCACGCCUGUGCCACAAAUCGCUAAGAUAUCAGACGUACUGACCGGACAGGGUCCUCCAUUCCAAGCUGCUAUCGCAAAUCAUCUCUAUUCUCCUGUCUCCAUCUACCAAUCCAGACCUGGAUCACCUACAACGUAUGAAGUUUCAGCACCGGUUCCUUCUCAGCUAGCUUACUCAGAGCACAGGUUAUCGGUACCGAAUUCUCUGCAAUACAGUGCAAAGCCGCAACCUAUUACAAAACCAAUUAUAACCAAUUACGAACAACCUCAAGCAUUUGUUCAGCCAUCUUACGAACACAACUUUCUUCAAUUACAACCUAGCUAUCAACAAUCUUCAAAUAACGGCCAUCUUCAAAACGCUUAUCAACAAAUUCAAUAUCAACCACAAGCUUAUAACCAACAACAAUUUCAAUACAUACAAGAGCAACCGCUACAACAACCUGGAAUUACAUACAAUCGUCAAGAAUUGCCAAUUCAAUACCAAAAUAAACCAGAGCAGAGGGAUUUAAAAAGUCAACCAGACACGACACAGAUUCAGGAUUACAACGAUAAACAACAAAAUGCUCUGAGCUACGCAAGGUUCACCUUCAAUCAAGGUAUUCCAUCUCAUGAACAACCUCAUGUACAAGGAUCAGUGUCUCCAUCUCCGCAAUCAACAUCACAACCGGAAACUCAUCAACAACUCCUUCAGCCACAACCACAACAAUAUUCAGUACAACCGCAGCCAAUAGCACAAAUAAACUAUCAGCUUCAACAUCCAUCUCAACAUGGGCCACAAUUACAAUAUAAAUCUCAACAACAAAUUCAACAACCUAAACUUCAACAAAUCCAGCAGCAACAGGUCCAGUAUCAAGCACAUCAAGCAGCCCAACAACCUCAAUUACAAUAUCAGGGACAGCACCAAAUCCAGCAAGCAUUGCAAUAUCAACAGCCUCAAAUCCAAUAUCAGGAAGCACAGCCGCAACCGCAAUACGUCUUUCAACAACAACAGUUACAACAAUUGCAACCAUUUCCAGAUCUAAAUCUUCAAGCUCAACCACAAUACCAAGUUCAGCCACAACAGUACCAUCUACCACAAAUUCAGCCUCAACUAUUCAAUGUUGAAAAAUCUGAACAAGUUCUUUCAAAGCAAUCAGUUCCUCAGAGACAAGUUUUUUACAAACAACCUUUUCAACAACAGUUAAUUCAACCUCAGACACAAGAUUUAGGUUACAAAAAUCUCCCAGUCUUCCCCACGUUUCCUCCUGUUCAAUAUUUUGGCAAAUUCGCUCAAUCAAUCUUUGGUAACUACCAACAUUAA